AUGCCCUCCGCAGCGUCCCGUUGCUUGUCUACGACGGCAACCAUUUCGCCAAUCCAACCACUCCAGCCCGAUCUCCAUGAACGAGCGUGGGCAUCAAUACCGCACCCGAACCUCCCUCUAAUUGCAACCGCCCACGCAAAAUCCGUCACUGUUUUCUCUCUGUCCACGCUCUCGUGCCAUAGCAACCUGACCGGCGGCCAUACCCGAUCCGUUCGAUCCGUGGCCUGGAAGCCUGGCCUACCGUCUCACAAUCUAUGCCUCGUGUCCGGAAGCUUUGAUGCCACGGCCGGGCUAUGGCGCUGGGAAGGCGACGCUACGGCCGCGGCCUCGAACGGAGCAGCUCCGGACGGGAACGAAGUAGAAAUCACUGCGUCGGGCAGAAAAGUGAGAAGCCAAGACGGCGAGGAAAGUAGCCGCGUUGAUGAUAGGGACUGGGAGUUCACGCUCGUCCUGGAAGGUCACGACUCGGAGAUAAAGGGCUGUGCGUUCGCACCCUCCGGUGCUUACCUUGCCACGUGCUCGCGCGACAAGUCCGUAUGGAUAUGGGAGGACAUUGGCGCGUCCGAAACAGACGACGAGUGGGAAACCAUUGCCGUGCUCAAUGAGCACGAGGGGGACGUCAAGGCCGUGGCUUGGUGUCCAGAUGUUCCGGGGAGAAAUUCCCGCCGCCAGUACAGCUCCGACGUCCUGGCCAGCGCCAGCUACGACAACACCGUCCGUAUCUGGCGCGAGGACGGCGACGGCGAAUGGGUUUGUGUCGCCGUUCUCGAGGGACACCAAGGGACCGUCUGGGGUGUGGAGUGGGAGCCUCGCCCAAAGGACGGUCGCUUCCCGCGCUUGCUCAGCUGCUCUGCCGAUGGGACGGUGCGCCUGUGGACGCUCGAGGAGGAACCAGACGAAGAUAACGACGGAUUCGGCACUGGCAGUCGAAGUUCUCUUGGGGGCAUUCCCAACACCAUGAGGAGGUCUCCCAGGGAGGAAUGGACAUGUACUGCUGUCUUACCCACGGCUCACGAUCGAGACGUAUACUCGGUCUCCUGGAGCAAGGAUUCCGGCAUGGUUGCCAGCACAGGGAGGGACGGCAAGGUUGCCCUUUAUAAAGAAGUUGACAGCCCGCCUCCAUCUUUGGCAGUCUUUGAGGGGCAGAAUGAUUUCCAGCGUUCAAUGGUUACACCAAUACCGACGGCAUGGGAGCUGCUGACUACAAUGCCCAAUUCCCAUGGGCCAUUUGAGGUCAAUCAUAUAACCUGGUGUCGGCGUUAUGAUGCCGGGUCUGAGAAACGAGGAGACGAGGAGAUGCUGGUAACUACUGGUGACGAUGGGAUAGUCCGCUCGUGGCAAGUACAGGUUGAUGAUGCACCGGAGGCGGGAGGUUUGGAACAACAUGUAUGA